UUACACACUAAAACAUUUUACGACAUAUAAACAAAUAAAAUAAAAAUAAAGAAAAUCGACGUUUUUUUCUCCCUAUAUUCUCUCUGUCACAAACAGAUUUGUACUUUGUUUGUUUGGUGAGUUGAAGAGUUGGAAGUGAAUCGGUCGCCAUGAGUAUCCAAGCAACUUGUUCCUCCUUCGGCGUUGGCAUUUCGUCCUUCGUAUCGCCCCUCACUCGCUCCCGCCACCGCACUCUAAUCCGAGCUCAAGUGCAACCAUCAGAGAAGUCUGUUGAGAUAAUGAGGAAGUUCUCAGAGCAGUAUGCUCGCAAGUCUGGAACUUAUUUUUGCGUUGAUAAGGGAGUCACAUCUGUUGUUAUCAAGGGAUUGGCAGAACAUAAAGAUACGCUUGGUGCGCCACUUUGCCCUUGUCGGCAUUAUGAUGACAAACCUGCUGAGGCUGGCCAAGGGUUUUGGAACUGUCCAUGUGUUCCUAUGAGAGAGAGGAAGGAGUGCCAUUGCAUGCUCUUUCUCACUCCUGAGAAUGAUUUUGCUGGGAAAGAACAGACCAUCUCCUUCGAUGAGAUCAAAGAAGCAACCGCAAACAUGUAAUAAGCUCCUGUGUAUUUCAGCAUUACUUGUAUAAACAGUCAUCAGUAGGCUGAAGAGGUAAAAAAGAAAAAAGAGAAAGUGAGAGGAAAAUUUAGUGAUUUGUAUGUAUGAAUAAUCUGAUAUAUAUGUAUACUAAUCUGAAACCAUAUCUGGAUUUACUUUUCCAACUA